AUGACCAUCUCUCCAGCCUUCUUUUCUUCGCUCCUCAACGUAUCCACCUCCAAAAUCCCAAACUCAGAUACCCCUUUUACCAAAAUCAAAUACGCUUCAAGAAGAAGGACACAUUCAAUCCAUUUCCACCCCAUAAGAUCUGUCGCAGAUUCAAUUUCCACUGUAGAUAAUCAACUGGCUGCUGCCUCGUCAUCGGCCCCUAGCAGUUUGGCUACAACUACGAACUCUGUCAGGAUUAUGGUGCCAUUGAAGGUUUACCAUGUGCCUAAGGUGCCCGAAUACGAGUUGACGGGGAAAGAUGGGUGUGGUGAAGUACUAUGUUGGGGUUCAUAA